AUGGUAUGCAAAGCGCUUAAAAUUCCAGUAGAUAUCCAAGAAUUGGCGAGGCAGAACAAAAUCACAGAGCAGAUCCUAGAGGCAUUCAUACAGAAGAAACUUGGCCUCGCGAGCAAUAACUACAGAGCACCUUCGAUAUUCGACAUCCUUCCGGGAAAGAAGCCGGAAGAGCGAACAAUACGACAAUCAACGAGUGAUCGAGUGAGACAUGCCGAGAACGAAACAUGGGUAGAGAAUGAUGAUUUGAAUGAACAUAAUGAAGAAGAACCUGCGAUUGAAGAAGGACCUGAAUUUGUCGACAUUGAUGCGUUGCAAAGCGUGGAGAGUGAGCAAAUAGACUCAAUUUAUGCUGAAGGUAGGAGUAAAAAGUAUUCCAGCCAUUCGCUUGAUGCUGAUUUGGAGCCAAGCUAUCGUAAGCUAUAUAUAUAUUUAUUAGUGGCCCAACAUUUAACAUUAAACUAA